GACCCUGGCAGAGGUCCAGGACACGUUCAUGACUUACGAGAUAUACGAUGAUGUCAUAACUCUGCGUCUGGUGCAGGAGGCAUGUACUAUGCUGGACAUGCCUUCUGAGGUGGUGCUGAAGCUUUUCGGGGAGUACUUCUUCAGCUUCUGUAAGAUGGCGGGGUACGACACCAUGCUGCGUACGCUAGGGGGGAACCUGGUGGAAUUCAUUGAGAACCUGGAUGCUCUUCACAGCUACCUGGCUCUCUCCUACCAGGAGAUGAACGCUCCCUCGUUCCGUGUGGAGAAGAAUGAGGAUGGGAGGAUGUUGCUUCAUUACUACUCGGACAGGAAAGGCCUAUAUCACAUUGUGCCAGGCAUCAUUGAGGCGGUGGCCAAAGACUUCUUUGACAGCGAAGUGAGCAUGACCAUCCUUAACCAAUCAGAGGAAGAUGAGCGCACAGGGAAGAAAGAGCAUGUGGUCUUCCUGGUCUCUCAGAGGAGCAGAGGGUCAAAGAGGGAUUUCCGGCCCCAAAGAGAGAACAAGGAGGUAACCAAGGAGGAUGAGGAGAUUGAUAGGAGGCAUCAAGCACAGGCAUUGGAGAGGAUGAGAGCCAGGUGUGCCAGUCUGCCCCACUGCCCUGCUGGGAAAAGAUCACGCUGGGACAUGGUUAGGAGCGUUGUCAUGUUUGGAAAAGACAACCUUCUGAAGUCGUUCACACCCUGCUACCCAGAUAAGCUGUGGAUGGAGGAACAAGCAUUCUGCAAUGCCUUCCCUUUCCACAUUGUCUUUGAUAAACAGCUCAAGGUGAAGCAGACUGGGGUUAACAUCCAGAAGUUUGUCCCUGGGCUGCAGACGAUGGACAUCCGUCUGGAUGAGUACUUCAGCAUUGUCCAUCCGCAGGUGACCUUCAACAUCGAGAGCAUCAGGAAGUUCAUCAACAGCCAAUUUGUCCUGAAGACCAGGCGGGAGAUGGUGCCGCUGGCCUCUCAGCAUCAGUCCAUGCUCAAACUCAGAGGUCAGAUGGUGUGGAUGGAGUCUCUGGGCUGUAUGGUGUACCUGUGCUCCCCAAAGCUGCGCAGUCUGCAGGAGUUGGAGGAGAGGGGUCUGCACAUCUCCGACAUCGCCCAGCACGACGCCACCCGAGACCUCAUCCUGCUUAACCAACAGCGUCUGGCCGAAAUGGAGCUGUCCAAUCAGCUGGAGCGCAAAAAGGAGGAGCUGAGGAUCCUCUCACGCCACCUCGAGACGGAGAAGAAGAAGACGGAGACUCUGCUCUACGCCAUGUUGCCUCGCCACGUAGCCAACCAGCUGAAGGAGGGCAAGAGGGUGGAAGCAGGUGAGUUCCAGGUGUGCACCAUCCUGUUCAGUGAUGUGGUCACCUUCACCAAUAUCUGUGCUGCCUGCGAGCCCAUCCAGAUCGUCAACAUGCUCAACUCCAUGUACUCCAAGUUCGACCGCCUUACCAGCGUCCAUGACGUGUACAAGGUGGAGACUAUUGGAGACGCCUACAUGGUGGUGGGUGGGGUUCCCAUUCCAGCUGACAGCCAUGCAGAGCGGGUGGCCAACUUUGCCCUGGGUAUGCGUAUCGCUGCCCGGGAGGUGACCAACCCUAUCACUGGGCAACCUAUCCAGAUUCGGGUGGGUCUGCACACAGGUCCAGUGCUGGCUGGUGUGGUAGGGGACAAGAUGCCUCGAUACUGCCUGUUUGGAGAUACAGUCAACACUGCCUCCCGCAUGGAGAGUCACGGAGUGCCUGACCACAUACACCUCAGCCCCUUCACAUACAGUGCGCUGGAAGAUAAGGGCUUUGACAUCCUGGAAAGAGGAGAGAUCCAGGUGAAGGGGAAAGGCCUGAUGACCACCUACUUCCUGCUGCAGAACCUGUGUGUGUCUGAGGACACCAUCAUGGCCAGAGGGACAGGAGAGCCCUGCGUGUACAGAGACAACCAGCAGGGGGCGGGAGAGAGCGAGAGAGAAGAACCAGACAGUGUGAGAAAGGAGGAAACGAAUGGCCAAACCACGGCAUCUGCUUCUUCUUUAAGUGACCUCACCAACGAAGACACACCUUUUCUGGGAGACACUACACCUUUUCAAAAGGGCCACCUCAACGACGUGAACUCACGAUUCUGCCGACUGCUCUAAGUAUGUGGAGUUGGACUCCAUUUGGAAGCACAUCGUUUGAAAAUCUGAGACCAUUUAGGAAAUGAAAUGUUGAACUCCACAAAGGCAUGCUAGUUCUGACAGUUUUCAAAGAAUCAACAAUGUUUCUACACAUGCUUGCUAACCCACUGGGCACAGAUGUCAAUUCAAUGUCUAUUCAAUGCUGGUUCAACGUAAUUUCAUUGAAAUGACGUGGAAACAAUGUUGAUUAAACCACUGUGUGCCCAGUGGGAAGUUUUAUAAAUACUGUAGACAAAAAGUGAUAAAUCGGUAUCUCAAAUUUUUGUUGAUGAUCCAAUGGUCUCCACGUUGAUUCAACUUUGUAACCACAUUGACAAAAUGAUGUUUAGAUAUUAUAAACAGGUUGAUUCAAUCUGUGGGAGACUCCUGGGUGAGCUCUGUGUUGUUGUCGCGACUGCCGCCUGCUGGGGGACACCUGGUGAGUCCCAUAGGGUGGUGCACAGUUGGCCCAGCGCCGUUCGGGUGAGGCCGGGGUAGGCCGUCAUUGUAAAUAAGAAUUUGUUCUUUUCUGGCUUGCCUUGUUAAAUAAAGGUUACAUUUAUUUUUUUUAUAGUUUGGGGUCUGCUAGACAACAGCAAGGAAAGUCUCCUUUCUCUCCUCUCAGUCUUUCCAGAUGCUAAUCAUGAGUACACAGUAACUGUAAUCUGCAUAAGGAGGUGUUGAUGUGUGAUCUUAUAUAGUCUAAACCUUGUACAGUUGGGAUGUUCUUAGACCUGUUUACUUUAGGUCUGGUUCCUCAUUUUCCAACUCCCUGUGGCCCUUUUCGCUAACUAAAGUAAACAGAUAACAGUUGAGAAAAAUGGUGGUGUGUGUGUGUGUGUGUCUAUGUAUGUGUGUGUAUGUUGGGAAAGUGGCUGUCAUUAACAUUUAAUUACCACAAAUACCAGCGAUAGCACAACUAUUGACGCGUGAGUGGGAGAGUUGGAGACUCUUGUGACUUAAGCGCACCUAGGUGCAAUCGCGCUACAGGCAGCGACACAGAGAGAGGCCCAAAUGUAGACAGCAACGUUGCAGUACAGUCCCAUGGAGCACCAAACAGAAGCACUGAAGUUGCUACAGAAUGUGCGCUCUCACCAAACAGCGAUUAGUAGGCCCAGUAAACUUGGACUAGAAAAACAAGUGACAACCAUCCAAGACUCGUCAGCAGCGGCCCGCACAAUAGCAGAAAAGGCGCGUGAAAGUGUCAUUACGCAGCUAAUCGAUAUUCUAACCCAAAUACUCACAGUCGAGGAAGAAAUCAGUCAUAGUUCGUUUCAGGAUCUGAGGAUAUUUCUGCGUCCUAAAGAAAGCAUAGAGCCGAGGAACAUCUGUGUGCGCAUGGCAAUGAGGGACUCUGACUGUCAGAAGGUCCGGAACCUUAGAGAUCUGCAGGACUGUUUAAAAGCCAUGGUGGACAGUCUGGUGUCUUCUCUCAUCAACAUGAACCAUCCCGUGGCCAUUCAGACAUCACGCACGCUUGAAGAGAUAUAUCUGAGCUUCCCUGAAAUCUGAAUAGCUAAUAUCUCACUUUACCUAGUCUCAGGGUUGAUAGCCUAUUGUUUACUUGAAUGUACUUUUUAAAGAAUGUAUUUUAUUUCAAAUUAUCGGAGGUGCAACUAUGUAGGCCUACUUUGUAAAAAGGAAUGUCAGAAGAAAUGAUACUGGGACAAAAAUGUGUGUUAUGCAAAGUGUUUUAUACAAAUCCUCCUUAAACGCCUGAAGUUUCUGUCAGUUUGUUGAGGAAACUUACCAGGAAUUCCAGUUCCCUACAGUUGUGUACUGUAGACCUGCUCAUGGUGAGUUGGCCUUUCCAAAGUAUAAUUAUGUUUAAUUGGGUAAUAAACAUUGAUUAAAUCGUU